UUAAAGAAAAGUGAUUUUCCGGUGAAUUCAACUACUUCACGCUGCCAUUGAUUGCAGCAGCAGCAACAGCAGAACAACAACACAUCCAUCAGCAUCAACAUCAAAAACCACCAGCCACAAUUGCAUCUUGAAACCUUAAUAUCGUAUUCCAUGGAUAACAGCAGCUACUUUGAAUACAACGGAUUUUCAUUUCAUUUCACAGAAAACAUUUUAGAAAAUGGAAAUGGAAACAAAAUUAGAUUCACGACAAGGACAAUUUCCGGCCUCAUUUCCGGACACCUUUAAGAAUUUCUUUGCCAUGAUGAAUGAGGAUGAAGACCACAUGGAUUUGUUCUCCAAUCUAUUGGAAGAUAAGGUAAUACCGAGAACAACAAAAUUCCCACAACGACGCUAUGGCGGAAGUUUGCGCUGUACAACAAAUCCCCAUCGCCAGGGUUUCGAUGGUCGUGACGAGUGCCGAGAUGCCAGCUCCAGUGGGGGCAUCUCAUCCGGCGGCGGUGGUGGUCACAAUGUUGGACGUUCGAACUCAUUUCGUUUCAAUAGACCACGAAAUUCAUUUACCUCAGCGUCCAGUUCGGGUUUGAACAGUUUGGGAAUGGGUGGAGGUGGUGGCAGCAUACCCGAUCAACGUCACAUGGGCGGUGCCAAUAUCCACACAUCCAAACUGAGCGGUGGCAGCAGUGGUAAUUUGCUGUGUAAACACAUCAAAUAUUGUUGCCUGCACCAGCAGCAGCAUGCCCAUCCGCCACAGCAGAAGAAUUUGCCGCCACACUCGAGCAAUUGCAUGGCCCAGCAGCAGCAGCAAUUGUUUCAGCAACAACAACAGCAUCACCAACAGCAGCCUUCAAUACAUUUUGGACAACAGAAAUCAUAUCAUCAUCAGCAGCAACAGCAGCAACACGACUACAGCUCAAGCAACAGUAAUCCAGUGACAAAUACGGCUAAUAAUACCGGCAGUGGGUUGGGAGGAGCUGGUAUCGGUGUUGGCAUGGCCCAUGCAACCUCAUCGACCCGUUUGGGUCCCGAUGGUGAGGACAACACAAGUGGUCCUCUCAAUAAUGGAGUCUCCAAUUGUUUGGGUAAUGGCCAACAUUCACAACAAUCCUCUAAACAACAACAGCAACAACCACAGAAACGUCAUUCAAUUAUUUUGGAACGUGCUUUCGACUUUGAUGCGAGCUGUGAUGAAAGUGACACAAUCAGUACCACCUCAUCGACACCGACCACGGCAAAUGUUCCAUACAAUGUGCUAAAGCCCAUCUUAAAACAACCGCAACAGAGUCAACAUCAGGUGGUGACAGGGGCGACAGUACCCUCGUCGACGACGACGGCCAGUCAUCAGGUUAUUGUACAGCAGUCGACCACAACAACGAUACAGCCGAAAUCUAUUUUAAAGGACAACAGUCAACAACAUCAUCUGCAGCAGCAGCAGCAACAACAACAGCAACAAAUGCAAAUACAACAUCAACAUCGAAGUUUGCCACAACCACCGAAAAAUGCUGGUCCCGGAGCAUUUCACACCAAAGAAACGGCCCUGCAACGAAUUCAACAGCAAAGUGGUCUGCUGCAAGGCAGUCGCACGAAUCUGGCAAAUUUGGGAGCAGCAAAUCCUUUGGGGCACACCAAUCAUCAUUACAAUGCCUCAGCGUAUGGGGCUGGUGUGUUUGGAGGAGGUGGCGGUGGUGUUGGUGGUAUGGGCAUGGGUGUGGGACCACGUAGUUGUAGUACUUUCAAUAUAACCAGUAUUGGUAACAACAAUGCCAGUGGAGCUGGUACAGGUGGCGGUAGUGGUUUCAAUUCAAUGACAUCCAACAAUAAUAACGGAACAUUUGCCAGCGGUUCCGGCUACAUGGAUUUGCAUUCACCCUCCCAUCAUGGCUUUGGCAGUGGGAAAUUGAGCGAAACUCUGCUGAACACGCAUACGAAUAGUUUAAGCACCUCGUCGACCCGCACAAAUCUCCAAUCGAUACGAACCCAAAAAUCACCGAUUUUAAAUCGAAGACGUUCUUCGUCGAUUGUGGCGAAUUUGUUAACGGCUGAUUUUAGUUAUAAUCGUAAUGCGGCGAAUUCAUCUUCUGCUGCGUCGGGAGCGGCCGCUGCUGCUGCGGUGGGUGGUGGCCAACAACAGCAGCCAAUUAUCCAAUCGCAGGCUAACAAUGUGGCCAGCAGUAAUAAUGAUGCUACGAAUAUUUCAUCGCUGUCGCACAGUAAUACGAGAGAUCGCAUUGCCCUGGUCAAAUCGCCGGUGACUCAUAGUAAACCUGCUCGCAUGAAUUUGAUACCCGUUGACAGCGGUGGUGUUCUGACAUUUCAGCAGGCCAUGUCUGGAGCUGUUUCGCCGCAGUACUCGGCCACAUCACCGCUGUACGGACGUGGUGAUGGUGGCAUGGGCAUCGCCUGUGGCACCAACAACAGUCAUUUAACGUCCUCAACAGUUGGCGGAGCGGGGCCGGCUGGUGGUGCAGCAGACGGGCGGGGAGGUCCAACGACAUCAGAACUUGACAUGCUACUUGAGGAUACUACAUCAACUGUCUCUCCUACAUCUACGAUUUGCUGUAAUGGCGGCGUGGGCCCACCACCCAAUGGACCUUUUCUGGCCGACACCCCCACCGACAUGGAAUGCAACGGCCUGAGACACAGGAAUGACCAUCGUCAUGACAUGUUUAAUGCAACAACGAACUCGGCAAACGAUGCAGGUAGAGGAGGUGGUGGCUGUUGCCUUGACGAUUUGGACUCACCCACAGCCAUACCGCAUGAACGCAUUGCCGGUGUCGGCUCGAGCCUGGUGCAUGGCGGCAGUUCGGCAACGAUAGCCCAAUUGGGUAAUAAGCAAAGGCAACGUAUGCGCACCUCAAGUAUGCCAGCUGAAAGUAGAAAGCCCCGCUUAGCCGACACCAGACGCCAGGCCAUACAUUGUGCCGACUUGGAUUUGGAAUAUUAUCGACUGCGUAGUUUUAGCAUAACAUCACAUGGUGUCUGUAAUUUAGGUGAUUCUCUGAGAAGUCGUCGCUCGAGGUCAAUAAACUCUGUCACAUCAACGGGAACAUCAAAUAGUGGUAAAGAUCGACAUAAUAGCAAUGCUUCGCGCGCCUCGGCUGAUAUUAUAUUCGAAAGUGAUAAAAUCGUAACAGCAACUAGUGGUGUCAUUGGCAGUGGGCCAGGUGGUAUCGGCGGCAAGGCACAAAUACCCGUCUAUAAAAUUGCCAUGCUGGGAGCAUCCGGUGUGGGUAAAACAACGUUAACGUAUCAAUUUACAACAUCCGAUUAUAUUUGCGCCUAUGAUUUGAGUUUGGAUGAUGAUUAUGGCCAGAAGACUGUCUCUGUUUUGGUGGAUGGUAUUGAAACAGACUUGGAAAUAAUAGAUCAUCCAGCGUGUGAAAUGUCGGCCGAGGCCUUUUGUUCCACCUACAACAUUGACUUGUUUGUUGUUGUUUAUUCGGUGGUGGACCGCAAUUCAUUUAAACAAGCCGAAAGGAUAUUACAGUAUCUCAAGGAGAAUGAAAUGCUGUUAACCAGAGGUGCCAUACUGGUGGGCAAUAAGACUGAUUUGGAGCGACAUCGAGAGGUGAAUCGGCAGAUGGGUCGCAAAGUGGCCAAGGAUAUUGCCUGCAAAUUCAUUGAAACCUCCUCGGGGCUGGAUCACAACGUUGACGAGCUGCUGGUAGGCAUUGUGGCCCAAGUGAAAUUAAAUCCCCAGCGUUUGCGUAAUCUCAGUGAAAAAGAUCGCCAGCGGCUAAAUCUACAAAAUGCAAUUCAGAAACAUCGACGCCUCUAUGCCCCGCCACGAAGGAUGGUCAGGCAAAUGUCUAUGUGUCAGGCCGAGGAUGAAGAUGAGGAUACGGGCCAAGAUGAAAAUCAAUCGAAUAACAUUAUGGGUGACGAAGGCAUCGGUACGGGAAGUGAAAGGACGGCAAGUACAAGCCUUUCAUCGGCCAGUACCACAAAAACAGGCCCAGUGAGGAAACCCAAUAAACGCACCCUAAAUUUGGAGAGCAUCUUGAAAAUGGGUGAAAGUGAACUGGAGGAUGAGGAGGAGGCACAACGUAUGGCAGCAUCAGCGAAUUAUGGUUAUCCAAAGCCGUUAAGUAAAUUUGAGCUGCUAACUGGAGGCGGGGGAGCGGGUAUGGGCAAUAAAUCGGGUAAUGUACGCACACCUUUCGGCAGUGUCAAUUCAUCGCCGAAAUCUCGUAAAUCAUAUGACAGCAGUUCGGGUAUUGGAAGCUCCAAGGGCAUGAGUCAUGAUACGGCCCAACAUUAUGGCGAAACACAGGCGGAGGAUUCAUUGCUCAACGAUUGUAAUCGCAAAACGGUUUCAAAACUCACCAGCCGAACCAAGGUGUUUUUGUCGUCCGUACUGCGCUUCAAGAAGGCCAUCAAUGUGGCCAAGCGACGCAACUCGUCCAGUUGUAGUGAUUUGUUUGUUAUUUAAGAGGAAAUGAAAUAAGGAGGAUAGAGAAUAAGGUGUAAGGAGAUAAAACGAAUGGCUUGUCAACGAAAGCAGCGAAGGGAAAAAACGAAAAUUAGGAAUUCAGAUUUCUUGAUCAAAUCAUGGUGUAAAUAUUUACAAAUUAUUGUUGUUUGUUUUGAAUAUUAUUAUUAAGUUUAGGUGAUUCAUUAAUUUGUUGGUCAAGACAAUAACAAAGACUUUAUUAACGCCCCCUAAAAGUUAUAUAUUCAUAUAUAUGUAGGAAGGCCUCACCUCACACACCCACAACUAUGUAAAAAAUAUGGUUUCAUUAAUGGCCCAAUUUUCUUUAAAUAUAAGCACACAAUCAAAUAUCUUACUUGAAAUCCAAUGAAAAAAUUUUAAAUUUU